GGAGUGAUGAGGGGGAUUACAGCAACCCCUAUGAAAAUAGAAUGUCCAAGGGCUAGGCACCUUCUCUGCCUUCCUAGCUCCCGAUAUCUGCAGGCAGAUCCCCUCAAGUCCUCAGAAAUUCUCCAGGGGCUUCUAAGGAGUUUGUUCUUUUUUGGCCUGUCCCUAUGAGGGUGGGUGAGGAGCCUACCCUAAAAACAACUGAAUCUUGGCUUCCCAGCCCCAGCUCGGCAGUGAACUAGCCUCUGGGUUUUAAUGAGCUGCCCUGGGUUAGAAACAGGACGUGACUGUGGCUGGCUCAGAACCCUGAAGAUCUUAUUAAAGAAUCAUCUCCCUUGUACUUUGGGCUGAAAUGCUCUUUCCAACCGAGGAUCAAAGCAAACUUGACAAACGUUCUCUCAUUAAUCUCCCCAUCCCCCUGGGGUGGGAGCAGAUCAGUAGCUGUUCUCUCUGGCUCUCAAAGGGGGAAGCUGAUGCGACAUUGACGACGUUGACGUGGUAUGGCCGGAAAGACCUCCCCACCAGUCAGAUGCAGAGCGGAGACCAGGACCCAGACGUCCUAGCUGCAGCCAUGCCAAGUGUCACCAUACCCCCUAGCCUGUGCCCCCAGCACAGUCUCAGGAAGAAGGAAAACAUCUCAUUAGGCAAACAGUCUGCCUCACUGGCCCUCAGGAGGCAGAGAGGAGAGAACUGUAAAGGUGUUGCCAUGGUGAUGGCAGUGGAGGACAGCAAGGUGCGCGUCGUGGUGCGGGUCCGGCCUCCCACCCCACGGGAGUUGGAGAGUCAGCGGCGGCCUGUCGUUCAGGUGGUGGAUGAGCGGGUGCUGGUGUUUGACCCUGAGGAGCCCGAUGGGGGCUUCCUUGGCCUCAAAUGGGGCAGUACCCAUGAUGGCCCCAAGAAGAAGGGCAAAGACCUGACAUUUGUCUUUGACCGGGUCUUUGGUGAGACGGCCACCCAACAGGACGUGUUCCAGCACACCACCCACAGCAUUCUGGACAGCUUCCUCCAGGGCUACAACUGCUCAGUGUUUGCCUAUGGGGCCACCGGGGCUGGGAAGACGCACACCAUGCUGGGAAGAGAGGGGGACCCCGGCAUCAUGUACCUGACCACCAUGGAACUGUACAGGCGGCUUGAGGCCCACCAGGAGGAGAAGCGAUUCGAGGUGCUCAUCAGCUACCAGGAGGUGUACAAUGAGCAGAUCCACGACCUCCUGGAGCCCAAGGGGCCCCUGGCCAUCCGUGAGGACCCCGACAAGGGCGUGGUGGUGCAAGGACUUUCCUUCCACCAGCCAACCUCAGCUGAGCAGCUGCUGGACAUGCUGACCAGGGGGAACCUCAACCGCACGCAGCACCCGACUGACGCCAAUGCUACCUCCUCCCGCUCCCAUGCCAUCUUCCAGAUCUUCGUGAAGCAGCAGGACCGGGUUCCAGGUCUGACUCAGGCCCUUCAAGUGGCCAAAAUGAGCCUGAUUGACCUAGCUGGUUCGGAGCGGGCGUCUAGCACCCACGCGAAGGGGGAGCGGCUGCGGGAGGGUGCCAACAUCAACCGUUCUCUGCUGGCCCUCAUCAACGUCCUCAACGCCCUGGCCGACGCAAAGGGCCGUAAGUCUCACGUGCCCUACCGGGACAGCAAACUGACCCGUCUGCUCAAGGACUCCAUCGGGGGCAACUGUCGCACAGUGAUGAUCGCUACCGUCAGCCCCUCCAGUCUGGCCUACGAGGACACAUACAACACCCUCAAGUAUGCUGACCGGGCCAAAGAGAUCAAGCUCUCGCUGAAGAGUAAUGUGAUCAGCCUGGACUGUCACAUCAGCCAGUAUGCCACCAUCUGCCAGCAGCUGCAGGCUGAGGUGGCUGCCCUGAGGGAGAAGCUCCAAAUGUACGAGGCGGGAGCCCAGGCGCCACCACAGGACCUCUCGAAAUCCCCCAGAUCCGGCCCUCCCCAGCAAGCCUGCCCCUCACCGUCCCGUCUUCCCAGCCAGCCCUGCACCCCAGAGCUCCACCCAGGGUCUGCAGUCCUUCCAGAGGAGAACCUGGGGCCAGAGGCCCCGGUGGGGAGGGUCAUGGAAGGGAACUCUCCAGACCGGGAACCGCCCCCAGAGGACAAGGAAGACAACCCAGCCGAGGAGGUUCCAAUCCAGGUACCAGAGCAGACCCUCAGACACCCACUGCCAAGGUCCCCGGGCCUGACCCUGCAGCCCAAGCCAGACACGGGCUGCCUCUCACCACAGAACUUGGGCAGGGACUGUUCUAAGCAGUUGGCCCUGAAGGUGCUGUGCCUGGCACAGCGACAGUACUCCCUGCUCCAAGCAGCCAACCUGCUGACCCCCGACAUGAUCACAGAGUUCGAGACCCUACAGCAGCUGGUACAAGAGGAAAAAGCUGAGCCCAGAGCCGAGGCCUCAGGCACACCCGGCCCGGCCAGGGGGGCACCUCUGGAGCUGCGUUUAGAGUCAGAGUCUCCAGGAUACUCUGGCCCCGUGACCCGGACCAUGGCAAGGCGACUGAGUGGCCUCAUGCACACUCUGGGGGUCCUACCAGGUCCUGACCGCACCCCAGCCCAGGUAGCCCGGCGGCCCACAGAGAAGAAGAGGAGGAGGAGACCGAGCCCCUCAGAGCCAGACAGCCCCCCAGCCCCGAAGCUGGGGACCAAACGCCAGCGCCAGUCCUUCCUGCCCUGCCUGAGGAGGGGGUCCCUGCCUGAGGCUCAGCCUUCACUCGGGCCCACCACCCCCAGAGGGGGAAAGGCCUCCUCCUCCUGCCGCUCCCCUCGCAUCUGCCCAGCCACAGUCAUCAAAAGCCGGGUGCCCCUGGGCCCUUCUGCCAUGCAGAACUGCUCUACUCCUCUGGCCCUGCCCCCUCGGGACCUCAACGCCACCUUUGACCUCUCAGAGGAGCCCCCCUCAAAACUGGGUUUCCUUGAAUGCACUGGCUGGGAGAAUGUUCCCCAGGAGCCGAGCAGGCUGGAUCAGCCCUUCAUCCCCAGUGGACCUGUACCCUUGUUCACCAUGAAAGGCCCCAAACCAACAUCUUCCUUCCCUGGGAGCUCAGCCCGCAAGAAGAGGCGCAUUGCGAGUUCCUCAGUCUCCCGCUCCCUGGGAGUGGCCCGUGGCCGCAGCCGCAUCGCCCGCCUCCCCAGCAGCACCUUGAAGAGGCCAGCUGGGCCCCUCACAAUCCCAGAACCCCCCUUCAGUCCCCGCUGCCCUGGCAACCAGAAGAGCCAGCAGGAACUGAUGGGGAUUGGGGGAGCCCUGUCAUCCGGGAGCUCUAUCACCAAGGUGUCCUGACCCACCAGCUCCUCGUGGUCCCUGGAACCGCCUGUGCCAGGAGCCCUGACCUGCCUUCCUCACCUCGGAGCAAUUAAGGGCAACACCCUCUUCCUUUAUUAACACUCCUCACCAGCCAUUCAUUUUGCUACCUGCCCUCUUUAUCAAUCUCUUGUUAUACUCAGUUUCUCAGCCUGUAUAUAUUCAUCUUGAGUGUCAACAUGUUGCUAUUUUAAAGGUGCAACCACCUUACCUCCCCUAGUUCAUAACACUCUCCACGCGAGCAGGUGGCCUUGGGGGACUUUGCUCCUCCCCUCCCAUCUAACAGAGGGCUCUGUGCAGUCAUGGCCGCUGUGCAAUGAAGAAGGGGCGAGGAUGGGAUGGGAUGGGAUUGGGCGCGGUAGGGGCUCCCAGCCUGACUCUCCCUGGUGUGUGAGAGAGGGAGGCACCGUCACCCUCAUCCCUGCAGCCCAGAGCAGGAGCCCCAGCCCCGGGCUGCCAUCCUAGUGAUGAUGUGGAUGAUAGUGGUGUUUGGAUUUCCAAAUGAAGAUAGCUUUAUCUUUUCUUACUCUACUGCAAACAGGAUGCACACUCAGUGUAAAAAGAAGCGUACAGAAGAAAGGGAAAUUCAGCCUUAAUGCUACCACCUAGAUGUAAGAGCUGUUAAUACUCGAGUUUAUAUCCUCUGAUCCUUUAUUUCUGCAUAUAUACAUAUAUAUGUACAUGUAGAUAUAGAUAUAUUUUUUUAUUAUAAUUAUUAAUAAACCAUCUCCAUCCUU